AUGGGGAAAUACAUUUGGGAGAUUGCUGCUAAAAAGGACACUCUUUGGGUUAGGUGGAUUCACAGUGUUUACUUGUCUGCUGGGAUUGGGCAUUGGAGGAAGAUUGUUGCUGUAAAGGAUGUCAUUAAAGCUAAGAUGGACUUGAAUACUUUUAUCAUUAAAGGUUAUAGUAUUCAAUAUCGGUAUGACUCUAUAUAUCCUUUUACUGAGCGCGUUCAAUGGAACAAAAAUAUUUGGGGAAGACUCAAUAUUCCUAAACAUAGAUUCAUUUUCUGGCUUGCAAUGAAGGAGAAACUUCGUACCCGGGUUCAGAUUAGUAAAUAUAACCCCACUAUUGAUCGUACUUGUCUUUUGUGUGGUGAUCACGAUGAGGAUGAGAAACACUUAUUCUUUGAGUGUUCUUACAGCUGGAGUUGCCUUACUAGACUGAAAGCUUGGUUGAGAUGGAACUCUCGGGCUGAGAAUCUAGGUUGUUUACUGCAUUGGAUUGACAAAGCAAAGCAAAUUAGCAAGGUGAGGAAGCAAAUAUAUACUGUGAUCCUGGCAGCUCUGGUGUACCACAUCUGGUUAGUCCAGAAUGAUGCUCUUUGGACUCACAAAGUUUGGCAAAUUAACCAUAUUGUACAGAGAAUUCAAAGUGAUGUUAAAUUUUGA